AUGGGAACUUUACAAUAUUGUCGUCGUCUUCAUGGUUUUGUUUGGCUUCUUGUUCUGUUUCUUUCUUCUGUCUUUAGUUUAGCUUCAAUGAUGGACGUUUCAUUACAAGGUCACCGGAAACGUAUUCUGUCUGGCUCCAAUACACAUUCCCCUCAUAGUAACACUGGUCCAAAUGAAUACACAGUGUGCGGAGAUGCUACUGAGGUUGACGGUAGGCUAAUGCCACCGAAUUUUGAUUGCGACGAAGGAGAUGUUAUCUCAGAUAUCAAAUUUGCCUUCUAUGGGCAACCCACUGGUGAUUGUGGAACAUUUAAACGCGGCAAAUGCGGUCCACACAAUGCACUGAAUAUCGUCAAAAAGAAAUGUCUUGGGAAAGGGAAGUGUGAGUUGCUUGCUUCGGACAAGAUUUUUGGUCCGAGUCACUGCAAGGGAACUAUUAGAUUCGUUAUUGAAUUUACUUGUAAAAAAACUUAG